CACACAAAUAUGGCGAAAGUUCACAUAACAAAUGUUGUGGUACUGGACAAUCCCAGCAGUUUCUUUAAUCCCUUUCAAUUUGAGCUGACAUUUGAAUGCAUCGAAGAGCUGAAAGAAGACUUGGAAUGGAAAAUGAUUUAUGUUGGGUCGGCUGAGUCAGAGGAAUACGAUCAAGUGUUGGAUACAAUUUAUGUGGGACCGGUGCCGGAAGGCCGACACAUAUUUGUAUUUCAGGCCGAUCCACCAGAUGUCACCAAAAUCCCCGAACAAGAUGCGGUGGGGGUGACAAUUGUUUUGCUGACAUGCUCGUAUCGCGGUCAGGAAUUUGUACGUGUCGGAUAUUUUGUGAACAAUGAAUAUACAGAUCCGGAAAUGCGUGAAAAUCCACCACCAAAACCACUCUAUAAUCAAUUGACCCGCAAUAUUUUGGCCACAAAACCCAGAGUGACCCGUUUUAAAAUCAAUUGGGAUGAUACACCAUCAAAUGGUCUGACAAAUGGCAAUGGUGAACAUCACAUGGACAAUGAAAUGCAUUGUGGUGGUGCGGAGGCAACAAUGAAUGGUUGCGGCGAAUCAACAACGGGGGCAACUGGCGGCGACUCAAAUAGCGUCCAUUCAGACGCUCUGGAAGCGAACAUGGAUGAAAACAGUUUGGCAAUGCCAUUGGAAAAUGGAGUCACCGCCUUAAAUGAAAAUUCAAACUCUUUAGCUAUGGAAUGUUAGGUU